AUUACAAUUCAGAAGAAAACAACUCAUCAAAGAAGCACAACAAUUUAAAUUCUGGAGAUAUCAAGCUAUUGCAGUGUUGAGAAAAUCAGAGAUGUCUGGGCAUCUUGAGCAUGAGCUAGAGUUGGGCGUUCCGGUGACCAAGGCAUGGGACCUCUUCGGUUCGCUCCGAUUCGGAGCACUCCUUGAGAAAGAGAUGCUAAGUCUGUUUCAGAAGGUGGAGCUUGUUGAAGGCGAUGGAGGAGUUGGAACUGUCCUCAAAUUAACAUUUGUUCCUGGUACAUUGGGGCCAACCUCUUACAAAGAGAAGUUCACGAAGGUAGACAAAGAGAAUAGAAUCAAGGAAACUGAGGUAAUUGAAGGAGGAUAUCUGGAACUAGGGUUUACUAUGUUCAGGGUUUGCUUCCACAUAAUAGAAAAAGGUGAGGAUUCAAGCAUAGCCAAAUCAUCGGUCGAGUAUCAACUAAAGCAAGAGGCUUCAGAAAAUGGCUCUAUUGUUUCCAAUGCUAUUCAAGCUCUUGCCAGCAUUGCUCAAGUUGCCAAACUUCACCUCAACAAAAACAAGCUUGCAAAUCAAGAAAAAUAACUAUUUGGCUUUGUAUUUGGGAAUAUAAUGUUCCUUUAUCUAUAAUUUCCACGUUGAAUUUGAGUCCAAAUCAUCAUUUUAUCUUACUAUAAUUUAAGUUAUAAUGUACUCUA